CGUAAACAAAGAGCGGCCACCACACAGCUGACUGAGACCCACCAGGGACACAUUGCUGCAUGCACUUCUCCCCGACAAACGCGUCAGGAUCCCCGGCUGCUAGUGGAGGGUAAGGCCCCUCGAAGCGAAUGAAGAAAUAUCUUUUGCUUCACUUCUUCAGAGGACUUCUCAGAAAAGGUAAAAAGAGUAAAAGAAGAAAACGGACAUGUUUAAACUACGGAAGGCUGAACCCCGGGAUGUGCCUGACAUAUUACGACUCAUAAAGGAACUGGCUAAAUAUGAAGAGAUGGAAGACCGAGUGUUGCUGACCGAGAAAGACCUUCUGGAGGAUGGAUUUGGUGAACACCCGUUUUACCAGUGCAUUCUGGCCGAAUGGCAGGAAGAACAAAGCAACGAAGCUCAACAAGCCAUGUUUAGAGAGGGUCCUCGUGGAAGACCCUUGUCUCACAUGAUUUCCCGUUUACUUUUCGCCUCCUCAGAACCAAAGGUGAUCGGGUUCGCCAUGUACUACUUCACCUAUGACCCCUGGACCGGCAAGCUCCUCUACCUCGAAGACUUCUUUGUUGUCGAGGAGUUCAGAGGAAAAGGCAUCGGUUCUGAGAUCUUGAAGCUCCUAAGUCAUUUGGCGAUGAAGACGCGCUGCGGCAGCAUGCACUUCAUCGUUGCCGAGGACAACCGCUCAUCCAUCGAGUUCUACAAGCGCCGCGGCGCUGAAGACCUGUCCAAGGAGGAGGGCUGGCGUCUGUUCCGCUUCGAUAAGGACAGCAUCCUCAAGAUGGCGGCACCCGCGGAAGAGUGAGCUGGCCCUCCCCCCCCACCGCACUCCAGUACACAACGAGAAGAGGAGGAAGAUGGGGAGGAGGAGGAGGAGGAAGGGGUCAUCAUGGCAGGAGUCAUACCAGAGACAUGGACGUAGAGCUGGGUCCCUGUGUCGUUUUCUAAACUAGUUUGGUCGUAUGCGUCACGUAUUGACACAUGUUUACAGGAUACAAUUCUCAGGAAGCAUGGGUGACUUGCAGAAGCUAUGCAUGAUUGACGGGCCGUGAGCUAGCUCCAGCGGGCGUGGUGGUCAUGGUAACUAGUUCAAGGGGGGUUUGGGGGCCCAGACUCUCUAGUGCACAUGACUCUGUUGGAAGACUCAAGCCGGCCUUCCUCUCCGUUCGCACGGAGGUCAAAAUACUUAAACGGUAGUGUAGCCUCAAAAGGGCAUUAAUUAUCCCUAAAAUAUAUAUAUAUUUAGAUGUAGUGAGCUCUGCUUACCUCAGAUGUACCACUUAAUUUAGCGUUAACCAUAUACUUUCCUUUUUAUAUAUUCCAUGUAUACCUUUUUUUGUUAACCCGUCAUGAUGGACAGAUUUUAUUACUUAUUCUUCAUUGUUGGAGCACAUUAGUUUGUUAUGUGUAGUUUGCCAAUAAAGUUUAUUCUGAUAAGCCACA